AUGGCAAUUCCACUGCCGAACAUCAAAGGUGAUACAGUCGCUAAAGCCUUCACAAAUUAUUGGAUCAGCUUAUUUGGCACACCUCUCCAGAUCACUUCUGACAGAGGAGCUCAGUUCGAGUCUGAACUUUUUACUGAACUCGCCAGAGCCAUCGGUGCCAAGGUAGUUCAUACCGUUGCAUACCACCCGCAGUCGAACGGGAUGGUGGAACGCUUCACCGUACUGACAGCUUUCAAGCACGACCUGGAAGCAUCACCUUCAGAGAUGCUCUUUGGAACGACACUCAGAAUUCCAGGCGAAUUCUUUGUCACUGACUCCAUCCAGGCCGACAAAACAGCUUUCGUCCAAAGUCUUCGCCAGCUCUUCCAAGCAAUUCGUCCAGUUCCUGCAUCCAGGCAUAGCUCAGCCCACCCAUUUGUCUUCAAAGACUUGCAAUCCUGCACUCACGUUUUCAAGAGAGUUGACAGCAUUAGGAAGCCGCUAGAAGCCGCAUACACUGGCCCACAUCGCGUCAUUAGACGCACAGAACAGCGGACGUUUGUCAUCGACGUCAAUGGCCAAGAGAAGGUCGUCUCUAUAGACCAGCUGAAGCCAGCGUACCUGGAAGUAGCAGAGCCUAUUCCCGAAGAAAAUCCAGCUCAGCGUUUACCUCCAGGCCCAGCUCAGUCUCAGCAGGCCAACCAACAUCAACGACAGACACCUCCACCGGCGUUUCCAGAAGAUGACCUAUCAACUUCAUCUCCAGUCGCUCAGCCUAAGAAGCCCGAGCGUCAUGUCACGUUCCCAGCACUACCCGCGCCAGUCACUGGAGGGGGAGUAGCUGUAGCGCCACAACCUGGCGCACAAUCUUCGCGCCGAGCACGCAAGCAGAAGCUGGAGCAGAGACAAGAGUUUGACUAG